AAGCUGGCCCCGGGAGCGGGGGAGGCGCCUCCGGGGCAGCCGAGGAACCUGGAUCUGGAGACGUUCCUGCGGCCCGGCCCUCCCAACCUGCCUGGGCCUCCUCCCCUCCGCCCAAGUUUCACUUUCCAUUCCCACCAAGAGCAGGGGAAAUGAAAACUGAGCCUGCAGCGCUCCCUCCCCACCCGCUCCGCCCCUCUCCGGGGGACAUCGCGUCCGCGGCCAGAGCGGGAGCGGCCGGCGCCGAGGACACAGCUCCGGACCGCCAGCAUCCCCAGCCCUGGACGCCGUGACCCUGAAGCAGGCCGGGGGGAGGUGCAGCGAGAGGCAGGCUUUUAAUUCCACCUUUGGGACGGACGCCGAGACCGGUAACCUGGGCACCCCAGAGCCCCAGCUCAUGGGCAAGGUUUACGGCCAAGAGAUGCAAGCUCCUCCCUCAGAGCUGACGGGGUCGGACGCCUGUGGUGAUAAGCCCACAGACAUCACGGACCUGAAGAGGGGGAAGCUGAGAAGACUAUGCCAUACCUCGAGUUGCUACAAAGGCCCCGUUGGACUCUACAACAUCGGACAGACAUGCUGCCUCAACUCCCUUCUCCAAGUGUUUUUUAUGAACCAAGGAUUCACCAGGAUCCUGAAGCGGAUCCAAGUGCCAUGGGGGGCCGAGCAUCAGCGACAGAGCAUCCCGUACCAGCUGCUGCUGCUGCUGGAGAAGAUGCAGGACAGCCGCCGGAAAGCCGUGCAGCCCCUGGAGCUGGCCUUCUGCCUCCAGGAGCACAACGUGCAGCGAUUUGUCCAGCACGAUGCAGCCGAGCUCUUCCAGAUCCUUUGGAAUUUGAUCAGGAACCAAAUCACUGACUCGGAGCUGGUAGAGAGGCUGAAUGCCCUGUACACCAUCCAGGUCCUGGAAUCACUGCUGUGCCUCCAUUGCUCCCUGCACUCCCUGAGGCAGAGCAGCCUGCUCACCCUCUCGCUCCCACUUUUUGAUGAUGAAAAGCGCCCCCUAAAGACGGUGGAGGACUCCCUGCGCUGCUUCUUUCAACCCCACAAGCCCUUGGGCCUCAGCAAGUGCGAGAAGUGUGGGGAGAAAACAUCCAAAAUGCAGACCUUGAAGCUGGUUAGCCUUCCCCAGACACUGACCAUCCAUCUCCAGCGCUUCAUGCUCAAGAACUCUGAGACCCAGAAGGUCAGCCACCCUCUGCAUUUCCCCCAGAGCCUGAACUUCAGCCAGAUCUUGCCGACACAGCACAGUACCUGGGAUGCCGACUGUCAGUAUGAACUUUUCGCCGUGAUCGCCCACGCUGGGACCGCCAACUUCGGCCACUACUGCGCCUAUAUCUGCAACCCUGACAACGGGAAGUGGUUGUGCUUCAACGACUCUAGCGUCUGCUGGGUAACGUGGGAGGACAUCAAAUGUACCUAUGGAAAGUGGAAUUUGCACUGGAGUGAAACGGCGUACCUCCUGGUUUACAUGCGGUCUGAACCCGAGUAGGCCCACCUGGCCUUUUCUGGCCCAGAAGACAGCGCAGAGUCCUUUUCUCCGGGGGCCUCCUGCCUCUUCUGGGGACCUGGCUCCAUCUCCUCGUUGACAUGUUCAUCAUUCCCACCAAUGGGUCUGGGGAGACCUCUAGACUAGCUUCUCUGACAGCGUUUAUUGUACUUCAGCUGUGUUCUUUUGAAUAGCCUCUGCUGCUCCUCCUCCAUCUUAUUUAUUCCCAACAGCACUGUGGGAAGGGUAGGGAUAAGUAGAGGUCUAGAAGGGGGAGCGGAGGGGCUGAAGUUGAAGCGGCUUGCCUGAGGGCGGAUAGGCAGUCAGCAAUGGCUCGAACGGCAGAAUCAAAACUUUGGGGUGGAGGGGCAUCGGGUAGGAACCCCAAGGCAGUCCUAAUCUGGUGUCCUGGGCCUGUCUAUAGCAGGAGGGUUGGGGGCCGAGCUGCCGACGGUCAGAGGAGACGGCUUGUGGAAGGGUUAAGGAGAAGGAGGGCCUGGAGAAAGUUUAGUGCGGGAAGCAGAGGGGGCUUGGAGGUUUUGGGGAGAGAACUACUGGCUUUGGGACCCAAAAGGAGGCGGCACUGAGGAGUAAGAAUAAACUUGAGCUCUUUCAUCAGUA